CCCCCACCCGCCUUCCUCGCGCUUCACGCUCUCCCCGCGCCCCGGUGCCGCCCUGCACCCCCUCUUCCGCGCUCUGGUCCGGCGGUGGCGGCGGCGGCUCCCGACCAAAGGCCUUGCUGAGCAGGGCCGCAGGCCGAGCGGGCUGGGCUCCGCGGCCAUGAAGGUGAAGAUUAAGUGCUGGAACGGCGUGGCCACUUGGCUCUGGGUGGCCAACGACGAGAACUGUGGCAUCUGCCGGAUGGCCUUUAAUGGCUGCUGCCCGGACUGCAAGGUGCCGGGCGACGACUGCCCCUUGGUAUGGGGCCAGUGCUCGCACUGUUUCCACAUGCACUGCAUCCUCAAGUGGCUGAACGCGCAGCAGGUGCAGCAGCACUGCCCCAUGUGCCGCCAGGAGUGGAAGUUCAAGGAGUGAGCCCCCCAUCCCUGCCCAGGGCCGGCCGCGAGCUUCUCUGGCACCAGCCCCCUCCGGGCUGCGACACACCUGACUCGACUGGAGCUGCGUUUGUUUUCCUUCAAAU